AUGUUCAUCCAACAGGUCGCGAAGUGCGCGAGGCCUGCGCGUAAGUUCAUCCAAGUGGGCCAUGGCAAAUGGAUUCCAGUCGAUGGACAGCAGAGGGACGCGCCCCAUGAGAGCAAGUCUUCAGCGAGUAAACACGUCGAGAGAGUGGCGGCGGAGAAAGGUCACAAGCACCAUACGAGGCCCUUGCAACCUCCAGCGCCGAUGGUCACCGAGCUUGUCAAGAAACCCUUCAGCGCAGUUCACCGCGUCGAGAUGGUUGUUGUCGAGGCCCAAGUAGCCGUCGUCGAGGAUUGGCCGCUCCAGGAACCGAGUGUUGUGGCGACCCAGGACCCUGUUCCUCGAUCCGUGGCACCGCGGGGAAACAAGCCCAAGGGACCAAGGGCCAAUACUGUGUCGCAGAAGUUGCCCGCCGUCGUUACGGUCAGACCCGUAGGUUCUGUCAAAGCCAAGUACCGGCCAAAGCGGCGCAGCUUGGUCAAUCAACUUAGAGCUGAGGGGAAGAAGCCCGCUAAAUGUCGCCCCAGGCCUUCCAGAGUCCAGGACUCGCACAAGUAGCGCGACUGUGAAUAUCCAAGCCCCGCGCGGCGCUGUGACGUGUACCUUUCUCUAUCCCUUUGUUGAUGCUGUUGUUUGUCUGUAUCACCCUGCACCAUUCCUAGAUCACUUUACAUGUAGACCGCUUUGUACGACCUGACUGACUAUGGCUAACCUCUGUUGUUGUGGCAUUGCGGCG